GUAGCACUAUCCACUUUUCUUGACUUUAAUUAGUCGCGAAAUAAAUACAACUUCAAAAUAAGUGAUAAAUUGAACUCGACAAAGUAUUGUCAUCUUUUAUAAUGAACCUGCAAGAUUUCUGCCAAUCUCUGCCAAAACUGGAGCUUCAUGCCCACUUGAACGGCUCUCUCGGUACAGAUACUUUAAAGAAAUUGUAUAAAAUGCAAAAUCCAAAUUCAGAGGACUGUGAGAAUAUAAUUACGAACGUCGAAAAGUUUUCAUCGUUAAGCGAAUGUUUCAAAGUAUUCGAUGUAGCACAUUCCUUAACAGUAACACCAGAAGCAGUUUUCCAUUCAGCAUAUGAUGUAAUUGAGGAAUUCAAUGCAGAUAAUGUAAUAUAUUUAGAACUUAGGAGCACACCUCGUGCUAUCGAUGGGCAAAUGUCGAAACAAGAAUACAUAGAAGCAAUUAUAAAAGCAUUUCGGCUCUGCAAAACUGAUUUUCCAGACAUACUUGUAAAGCUUUUGAUAUCUAUUAAUCGUAAGCAAGGGUACAAGUCAGCAGAGGAGAACAUAGAUUUAGCAAUAAAUUUCUUUAAAAAAUAUCCACAGUACAUUGUUGGUCUUGAUCUCAGUGGAGAUCCAAUGACUGGAGAUGCAUUUUUAGAAUUAUUGAAAAAAGCAAGAAUAGCUGGCUUGAAAAUAGCUGCCCAUUGCGCAGAGAUUUCAAAUGAAAUAGAGACAAAAGACAUCCUUGAAUUUAAACCCGAUCGAUUAGGUCAUUGUACUUGUGUUCAUCCAAAUUUACAGGGGUCAAAUAAACUGUUGGAUAUGUUGUUUACUUCAAAAAUUCCUGUAGAAUUGUGCCUAACAUCAAAUGUUCGGUGCAAGACAGUACCUUCUUACGAGUCCCAUCAGUUCAAAUAUUUUUAUGAAGCUAAACAUCCUAUUUGCCUUUGUACCGACGAUAAAGGCAUUUUUCAUACAUCCUUGUCUAAAGAAUACGCCAUAGCUAGUUCAACGUUUGGUCUAGGACGAGAAGAACUCGUAACAUUGUCUAUGUUAGCCGUGCAAUAUGCUUUUGCAACAGCAGAAGAGAAGAGUCUGCUGUUGUCUAGGAUCGAAGGAUUUAGUUGUGAAACGAAUAAAUGA